AUGGGGGACUUCAACUAUCAAUACAAAGAUCGCAGAAUAGUCGGAAUACGGAUCAAGAAUCUGCAACACUCAUUGGCUGAAAUUAAAACUCUCAAGGCAGCUGUGACAAGAGAGAAUCAACGUUCCAUUAUUACUGAAGUGAGGGACCCUGCCACUGGUGAAAUCAGUCGAGUCCAACAUGGCAUAUCUACUAUCGCUACUAAUUUCUACACUACUCUUUUCACUCCUGACCCAACUGAUCCUAUAGCUCUUGGUACCUUGAUUCGAUCCUUUCCCAACCACUUGAAGCUUUCAAGCGAACAACAAGAAUCACUGAUUUUACCUAUUGACACUGCAGAACUACUGGAGGACAGCAAAUGCACCCGCCGACUAAGUAGCCCUGGUCCGGAUGGUUUACCAUAUGAGAUUUUGUAUCUGAUCAUGAAAUAUCCCCCUCUACAUUCCUUAAUCAACGUCGUGUAUAAUGAAGCCUUGAAAAAGGGUAGGUUCCCAAAGUCUUGGAAUGAAACAGUCAUGUGCUUGCUAUACAAGAAAGGCAAUCCUGCAGAAAUGAGGAACUAUCGACCAUUAUCCCUUGCCAGUUCUAACUAUAAACUCUUCACUAGACUCCUCAAUCGUCGAAUCAUGGAAGAGGCUUCCCCACUCAUCAGUCGACAUCAACUUGGCUUCCUUCCUGGACGAUUCAUUGCUGAAAAUGGAAUGAUCUGCCAACUGAUUAUGGAAGAUGCGCAGCGCAAAUGGCCCUUUGCAGAACAAAAUGAUAGUGACCCUACCUUUAGUGAGUUCGAUGUGGAUAUAGUAGGUCUCCUUCUUGAUCAAGAGAAAGCAUAUGAUCGCGUGAACCCGGACUACUUGAACAAAGUACUAGCGAAGUUUGGCUUUCCUCGACAAAUCAUUAAGUGUGUCAAGAAAUUGAUGGGGGACAAUAUGAUUCGAAUCAAUCUCAAUGGUCAUAUGUCAAGUGAAGUUGCCAAGCUUCGAGGCCUAAAACAGGGUGAUCCCCUCUCCCCCAUCCUCUACAACUUGGCAUUUGAACCCAUUUUACUGUCCAUUAUGAAUGAUCGUCAAUUCCAAGGGUAUUUGAUGGGUCCUGAACGGAUCAAAGUCUUGUGCUAUGCGGAUGACGCUUUGGUUUUCGUCCACAAUCCUGGUGAUCUAUCUCGUAUACAACUUCACAUGUCGCGAUACUGUGGGGCAUCCAAUGCCAAAUUCAAUUAUGACAAGGUAGAGGCUUUUUCUGUUUCUGGACGAGACACAUGCGAUCUGUGGGAGGGCCCUCUGUCUGCUGCGAAUUUCAAGCGCUUACACUUGUUGAAGAUGAUGAGCCACUCAUUUACUUGGGCUUCCCCCUUGUGCGAAGCAGAAUUUAACGUGUAA